CCAGGAAUGCCCCCCCGCCAGCCCCCUCGGCGGGCGGGGGGAGGGCCCAGCCGGGAGUUUGGCAAACUCCUCCCCGCGUUGAGUCAUUCGCCUCUGGGAGGUUUAGGAAACGGCUCCGGGUCGGUGGCCCCAGGACAGGGAAGAGCGGGCGCUAUGGGGAGCCGGGCGCCAGGGUCCCGUCUCCACGCCGCGCCGCCGCGCUGGGGCCCCCGGCGCCGACCCCCGGCGCCGCCGCUGCUGCAGCUGCCGCUGCUGCUGCUGCUGCUGCUGCCGCCGCCACCCAGGGUCGGGGGCUUCAACCUAGACGCGGAGGCCCCAGCGGUGCUCUCCGGGCCCCCAGGCUCCUUCUUCGGCUUCUCGGUGGAGUUUUACCGGCCGGGAACGGACGGGGUCAGUGUGCUGGUGGGAGCGCCCAAAGCCAACACCAGCCAGCCGGGAGUGCUGCAGGGUGGUGCUGUCUACUUCUGUCCCUGGGCCGCCAACUCCACGCAGUGCACACCCAUCGAAUUUGACAGCAAAGGCCCCCGCCUCCUGGAAUCGUCCCUGUCCGGUGAGGAGGGAGAGGAGCCUGUGGAGUACAAGUCCCUGCAGUGGUUCGGGGCGACCGUACGGGCCCACGGCUCCUCCAUCUUGGCGUGCGCGCCCCUGUACAGCUGGCGCACGGAAAAGGAGCCCCUCAGCGACCCCGUGGGCACCUGCUACCUCUCGACAGACAACUUCACCCGGAUUCUGGAGUACGCACCUUGCCGCUCAGAUUUCAGCUGGGCAGCCGGACAGGGAUACUGCCAGGGGGGCUUCAGCGCCGAGUUCACCAAGACCGGCCGUGUGGUCCUAGGGGGACCGGGGAGCUAUUUCUGGCAAGGCCAGAUCCUGUCUGCCACUCAGGAACAGAUUGCAAAAUCCUACUACCCCGAGUACCUCAUCAACCUGGUGCAGGGGCAGCUGCAAACGCGCCAGGCCAGCUCCACCUACGACGACAGCUACCUGGGAUACUCCGUGGCCGUGGGUGAAUUCAGCAGGGACGACACAGAAGACUUCAUCGCUGGUGUGCCCAAAGGGAAUCUCACCUACGGCUACGUCACCAUCCUGAAUGGCUCGGAUAUCCGGUCCCUCUACAACUUUUCAGGGGAACAGAUGGCCUCCUACUUUGGCUACGCAGUGGCUGCCACAGACCUCAACGGAGACGGGCUGGAUGACCUGCUGGUGGGGGCACCCCUGCUCAUGGAGCGGACAGCCGACGGGCGGCCCCAGGAGGUGGGCAGGGUCUACGUGUACCUGCAGCAGCGAGCAGGCAUGGACACCGCGCCCACCCUGACCCUCACUGGCCGUGAUGAGUUUGGCCGGUUCGGCAGCUCCUUGACCCCCCUGGGGGACCUGGACCAGGAUGGCUACAAUGAUGUGGCCAUUGGGGCUCCCUUUGGAGGGGAGACCCGGCAGGGGGUCGUUUUUGUGUUCCCUGGGGGCCCAGGGGGCCUGGGCUCUAAGCCUUCCCAGGUUCUGCGGCCCCUGUGGCCAGCUGCCCACAGCCUGGACUUCUUUGGCUCUGCCCUCCGAGGAGGCCGAGACCUGGAUGGCAACGGAUACCCUGAUCUGAUCGUGGGGUCCUUCGGUGUGGACAAGGCUGUGGUAUACAGGGGCCGCCCCAUCGUGUCUGCCAGCGCCUCCCUCACCAUCUUCCCCGCCAUGUUCAACCCCGAGGAGCGCAGCUGCAGCUUGGAGGGGAACCCAGUGGCCUGCAUCAACCUGAGCUUCUGCCUCAAUGCUUCUGGAAAGCACGUCCCCGACACCAUCGGCUUCACAGUGGAGCUCCAGCUGGACUGGCAGAAGCAGAAGGGCGGUGUCCGGCGAGCGCUGUUCCUGGCUUCCAGACAGCCCACUCUGACGCAGACCCUGCGCAUCCGUAACGGGGCUCGGGAGGAAUGCCGAGAGAUGAAGAUCUACCUCAGGAACGAGUCGGAAUUCCGAGACAAGCUCUCCCCCAUCCACAUCGCACUCAACUUCUCCUUGGACCCUCAAGCCCCCGUGGACAGCCAUGGCCUCCAGCCGGUCCUGCAUUACCAGAGCAAGAGCUGGAUGGAGGACAAGGCUCAGAUCCUGCUGGACUGUGGAGAGGACAACAUCUGUGUGCCCGACCUGCAGCUGGAGGUGUUUGGCGAGCAGAACCACGUCUACCUGGGUGACAAGAACGCCCUCAACCUGACUUUCCACGCCCAGAACGUGGGCGAGGGCGGCGCCUAUGAGGCUGAGCUUUGGGUCACCGCCCCUCCGGAAGCCGAGUACUCGGGGCUCGUCCGACACCCAGGGAAUUUCUCCAGCCUAAGCUGUGACUACUUUGCCGUGAACCAAAGCCGCAUGCUGGUGUGCGAUCUAGGCAACCCCAUGAAGGCGGGCGCCAGUCUCUGGGGGGGCCUGCGGUUCACAGUCCCCCAUCUUCGGGACACGAAGAAAACCAUCCAGUUUGACUUCCAGAUCCUCAGCAAGAACCUCAACAACUCCCAGAGCGACGUGGUCUCCUUCCGGCUGUCCGUGGAGGCUCAGGCCCAGGUCUCCCUCAACGGUGUCUCCAAGCCCGAGGCGGUGCUGUUCCCAAUAAGCGACUGGCACCCUCGAGAUCAGCCCCAAGAGGAGGGGGACGUGGGCCCAGCUGUGCACCACGUGUAUGAGCUCAUCAACCUGGGCCCCAGCUCCAUCAGCCGGGGCGUGCUGGAGCUCAGCUGUCCCCAGGCUCUGGAGGGCCAGCCGCUCCUCUACGUGACCCGGGUGACAGGACUCAGCAACUGCACCAGCAACUACUCCCCCAACCUACAUGGCCUGCAGCUGGAUCCCGAGGGCCCCCCACACCAUCUGCAAAGGCGCGAAGCCCCCGGCCGGAGCCAGGCCUCCCCGGGGCCUCAGGUGCUGAAAUGCCCGGAGGCCGAGUGCUUCAGGCUACGCUGUGAGCUGGGCGCCCUGCACCGGCAGGAGAGCCGGAGUGUGCAGCUGCAUUUCCGAGUCUGGGCCAAGACCUUCCUGCAGAAGCAGCAGCAGCCGUUCAGCCUGCAGUGCGAGGCUGUGUACGAGGCACUGAGGAUGCCCUACCGGAUCCUGCCUCAGCAUCUGCCCCAGCGGGAGCUCCAGGUGGCCACCGCCGUGCAGUGGACCAAGGCCGAAGGCAGCCAGGGCGUCCCACUGUGGAUCAUCAUCCUGGCCAUCCUCUUCGGGCUCCUCCUGCUCGGCCUGCUCAUCUACAUCCUCUACAAGCUGGGGUUCUUCAAACGCUCCCUCCCGUACGGCACCGCCAUGGAAAAAGCUCAGCUCAAGCCUCCAGCCACCUCCGAUGCCUGAGUCCUCCCGACCCCAGACUCCGAUCCCGAAGACCCAGCCCCCCGCCUGCUGUCUGCUGACAAGGAGGGGUCUGGGCACUUCCUGAAGGUGCUGAGGGCCAGGGAGAAGCCCCUCUCCCACGCCCAGAGACAUACUUGAAGGGCCAGAGCCGGGGCAGGGGGAGAAGCUGGGCCCCCACGCCCUGCACUGUGAAGGACCCGCGUUGACACAUGCCCCCUUCAUGGACGGGGGACCUCAGACCCAGGGACCCACGCCCCGGCCUCCCUGCAGCCUUGCGUUCUGGAGGGAGAAUCUGCAAGCAACUCGGAAACACAGCGGGACCAUCUGGUCCGGUUCUCCAGGCCGGACUGGUCACCGGGACUUCCUGUCUGGCUCCAACCUGCAAAGAGCCAUCUGGGGCCUUGCCAGAGAUCCAGGACCCUGGAGGCUGGGGGAUGAGACCCCGCAGUCCCCGCCCCGGAGGUCGACAGGGAACACUAACGAUGGGCGGCGCCCCAGGACCAGCUCAGGACCCAACCCAGACAAGGAUCACUGCUGGCCUCGAACCCAGCUACAGGGGCACGCAGCACUCAAGUGGGCCCAGAUUCAGCCCGGGGCUUGGGGUUGAUCUGGAUCCCAGACUCGGUCAUUGAUAACCUACAGCAGGCGGAUCUGGGACCGCAUUGCAGCCUGCUGCAGAGCUGGGCGUCAGGGCCCAGUCCAGCCCGGACUUGAGGGAAGUAAGGGCCUGCCCAGGACUCUGAAAAGGCCAUGAUGGCAACCGUUCGGGCACCUCAGCCUGGCCAGCCGCAGGCCCUCCCGGUCCCCCCAAGCCCGGAGAGCUGCGGGCCUGCAGGGUGUGGGCUCUGCCCGCCAGCUGCACUGACUGCCCUUCCUCGCCCUGCCCAACCUUCCCUUCCCCCCGACUCCCACACCCACCCGGGACUUAUUUAAACUCUGUUGCAAGUGCAAUAAACCCGCCCCAGUGCCCCCA